CCGCUAAGCAUUUCCCGUCCUCCGCCCCGCCUCCCCUCCUGGUCCCCUCCCCACAUCAGGACCACCAUUAUUAGCACCCGCGGCAGUAGAAGCAGCAGCGCCACCGCAACCAUCGCCAUCAUCAUCCCCCUUAUUUUCCUUUUGCUUUUCUUUUCUAUCCUCCUCACAGGACCAUUUCUCUAGACUCGCAGGCCGGAGCGAGAUGACGACCCUUAUGGCGUCCGUCAAGAGGGCCAUCCGCCGUCGCUUCGGAAGGAGCGCACGGGUCGCCGACGAGAACACGCUGGUCUUGCCGGCGGAAUUCGAUGCCCAGCAGCAGAUGAGAAACGGCGCUGGCGGGGGCGGGUUUUCCCUCCUCCAAGAGAUCGCUGCCCUGCCGCUCGCGCUGCUGGCAUGCGCCGCCUGCGUCCACCAGGGGGAAGAACACCCACCACUCGGGUGGCCGGAUAACGGCGAGGCCGUCUCCAGGAUUUCCGAGAUCAACCAUCUUAUGGUGCGUGACAGCAUGCGUUAUGCCAUUUUUGUGUGAAAUUUUCUUCCUUUUUUCACAAUUUCAUUGUAAAGUUCCCCAUCAAUAGAAAAGGCAAGAAAGCAAAAAGAGCAAAAAAAUUGAAAGAAAAGAGGAGUGCGUAAAUUGAAUUUUUCGUUCUUUUCGCGGCGCCUUCUCGAUUCUGUACAUGUUUGUUCAUAAUGACGCCUUUAUUUCUUUCA